AUGAGACGAGGCAUUAAUACUUGUCAUGUACCAACAAUUUUCAUGGUCGUUCAAUCGCCGUCAUUUCUAUGUCAAACGACUUUGAUUCCCGAACAGGAUUUAGACCUGUCCUUUUAUGUCACGCAUUGGUUCAACUUGCCCAGUUACUGGGCAUUCGAUUCACUUAAAGAUUUGGAAGAAGCAUUGGAAAAACAUGAUUCUCGUGGCAGGAUUUUUGGUAAAGCACUUUCUGGCGGUGUUUAUCCAGUUCUAGCCGAUAAAGAAAUUAUGUUAUGUAUAUCAAAAUCCGGAGAACGUGGUUCAACUUAUGGUGGAAAUCCAUUAGGUCCUACUGGUCCAACAGCUCCCAUUGGUCCAGUAGGUCCAACAAGUCCAACAUAUACAUCAUUAUCCAAUUCAGGUUCCUCAACACCUUCCGUAACAAUACCCUUAAAUAAUUCUUCCUCAAUAUCGACAUCAUCACCCUCUCCUUCCGAUCACUCGUCAUCAUCCAAAAAGAUUGUACCAAUAGUAUUAGGAAUUAUCGAUAAUAAUAUUAAAUCAAAAUUGAAAUCUAUUUGGAAAAACUCGAUGAUCAAUGAUAGAGAUAAUACUACUAAAGAAUUGGAUUUUAAUAAUAUUUUAGUAACUAAAGUAUCAAGUGUACAAGUCUAUCAUGAAAAUGAAUCGGAAGGGAAAGGAGGAGGAGGAGAGAUAUAUACAGCAACCCAUAGUAUAGCUAGUGUGAGUACAAGUAAUCUAGGAUUGGUUGGAAAUAAUUGGGGAAAUAAUUUAGAAAUUGGAGAAAUUGAAAAUGGAGGAGCGAGAAAAAGUGUUAAUUCCGAAUUUUCACAUUUUUCAAUGACCGGAAUACAUGGUUUAGAAGAAUUUUAA